AUGGCGGACCGAUCCGGCAGGCUCAAGGGCAUCCUCAAAGACUCCAUUAUACCACCGGGCGACUCCAAGCAGACGGCACGCGAAAUCGCCAUCCACCACGCAACCCUCCUCCAACAGCGCAAAGACCUCGAAGCCCAGAUCCUCGACAGCGUCAUCCUCCUAUCAGAAUACCCGCUCGUCAGAGAAGCCCCCUACAGCUCUGCGAACCCCGCUCCGUCCGACGUCUCAGACUUCAAGGCCAACGUGCGACUGUUCCAGCCCUCCGACUACGAUGACCUCAUCGAAGAGCGCAACGUGAAUGAACUCUGCGGCUACACGCUCUGCUCAAAACCAAGACGCCAGACGGGCGGCGGCGGGGAGUGGAAGCUUACGAGCAGCGGCGAGAUUGUCAAGCGCAAGGAGCUUGAGAAGUGGUGCUCUCAGACAUGUGCGCGCAGAGCCCUCUUUGUCAAGGUCCAGCUGAACGAGACGGCCGCUUGGGAGCGGGCUGGUAUCCCCGACAUCCAGAUUGAUCUCUUGGACGAGGACAAGUCUACGGAGACGGAGGCUGAUCGGACUGCGCGCAAGCUUGGUGAGCUGAAGCUGGAUGACCAGCGGCAGGCUGCGCGAGACUCGGCUGCUUUGGCGAUGGAACGCGGUUUUAAUGGAAUCACCUCUUCCUUGGACAAGGUCAAGAUUACGCUGAAGGAGAAGGACGUCGCGGCGCCUUCUGAGAUGGCUUCCCAGGUCGGAAAUGCCAAUACAGAGGAUCAUCUACUGGUUGACGGCCAUAAAGCAAAGAUACCGGAGGAGGAUAUGAAGGAUUCAGAAUGA